UUCCCUCCUUCCUUCCCUCCUUCCUUCCCUCCUUCUCUCCUUCCUUUCCUCCUUCCUUCCCUCCUUCCCUAUUGGCACUUCCUUGUUUACCUGCAAUUCUUUUUACUAGAACUCUUUGAUAUGUAUGCAGUUACCACUGUAUUUGAUGUCCACUCCUGAAAAGGACUCAGGUAUAUAAAAUAAUGUUUUCCCCUUCGUAACGGCCUGAAUAUUGAGAUAUCUUUCUUAACAGUACAUACAGUAUUUCAUCUAAUAACUGUGGAAGUGCAUCUUGCUUAUGUCAUAAACAAAACCAAUAAUGUGAACGUACUGUUAAGGGCGAUAUCUCAGUAAUUUUGUUCAUACAGUGCAAACAGCCAUAAUGUGGUUUCCUUAUUUGCUGUUUAGUGUGAUGUAUGAAUGAAACCAAAUAUAGUUCACCCAACACACCCUGAUUGAUGGCAGUAUGAUACACAAGAAGAGGAUUUUAAUUUGAAACAAUUUUGAAAAAUAGACUUGACAAAAUUAUAUAUUGGGAAAUAACAAACAUGCUGUUGUCUUGACUCUCUGUUCUUUUGCCCAACCUGAUGCCUUCCUGAUGUGCAAUGCGGUGGCAUAGUUGCACUUCCUGAUGUGCAUUGGGCAACAUGUGUCACAGAGCUCCAUUAAACUUUUGAGGAAAUCCUAGAACAUGAUGAAGAAAACAAUGAUGCAAAUUGUGUGGAUCUAUUUUUCUUUGUUUUUUAAAACUAUGUUAAUCUUUCUGAAGGACAUGCAAUUUCAAGUUUUGUAUCUCAUAUGGUAACAAAUAUUACCAGUAGCAGCAGUAGCAGUCAGAGGAAUCUCUGGGUUAUAGUUUGUCAUACUUAUUCUACAAAUUUUAGUCCAGUGCCAGCUAGGAAAUAUUGCUUUUUAUUUACACAUAAAAAUCAAUUUAUUUAAAUUAUAUAAUGCUCGUAUAACCAUUCCCAAUAAUUCUACUGUCUUGAAGACUAAUUGCUAUUUUCUUCUUCUGACAUUGCUGGGAAUUUGGAGAAAAAAAGUAAGAAAGUGCAGUCUGUUAUAGUUCAGAAAACUAAAGUCAGGAAAUUCUCUGGCCCAGAUUAUGAAACAGGAACUUGCAUGUAAAUAGACUUGAGCUCCUUACAAAUAGAUUAUAGCUAUCUUUAAUUAACACCCUAUCUCUUUUGAAGAAUACUUUGAAGAAAUGCUUAGUACUGUAUGUGAUGAAGAAGUAUAAUGGUUUCAAGAACUCUACCUUGAAAUAGUCACAGUGGUGUAGAAAGAGGAAAAUCUGUUCUAUUUAGUUUAGUGCAGUGGAUUUACAGCAUUUUGCACAUCUGUACAAAUAAAAAAUGCAUAUGAGUUAAUGAAUUUCAAUCAAUUUCAGUGUAAGGUAUGGAACAGUGUAAAUCUGGAUAACUUGUAAGACUAUUUUUUCUGGCAUUCCUGACUUAUUGAACUAUAGGAAUUUUGUUUUUUAUCUCUUCUGUGCCACAGUAUUCUUUUACUGUUUCAUAUAGGGUAAUUAAAUCAUGAACUAAUCACAUACAUUGGAUCUGUCCAAUACCCUAGGUUAAAAUAUCCUGUUUGUGGUUCAGUGUAUCAUUAAAUCAGGACUAGGCUGAAUAAAUUGUGGUUCAAUUAACAUGAGGUAUUCAUUUCAGAUGAGUAUAGCUAUUCUCUCACUUCAAAUGAUUACUUUGGCCUUAGCCAUAUGGCUAAGUAGGAGGCAACAACUGGCUGACUUUGGAAAAUACCGUAAGUAUAGUUUGGAUUGGUUAGUAUUUGAAUGGAAAUCAUAGCUAGAGGCUAGUUUGCGAAGUUGCAAAAGAAAGAAGGCAGCAGCAACUUAUUUCUAUAUUACUUAAAAAAAACACAAAUUAACUAAUUUGCAUUUAUAAUAUAUCUUGCUGUAAACCAGUAAGACUUGUUGGUACUACACAACAUGUUGGUACUACACAACAGCUCACGGAGUUGGUAAAUUAGAAACAAAGGCUUGACAAGAAUGUUGACUUAAUAUCCCAGUCUAGUUUUCACAGUACCAUGGUGCUCCUAACUCAGCAAUUGAUUAUCUCUUGCUAAACCUGAAGGUACUGCUUUCAUAAUAAAAACAAUAGCAGAAAUACAAACUAUAAAGAGUGAAGGAGUUUGCAGGGUGUUUGGAAUAUAAAUUGAUUCAAUUAGAAGCCAAAUGGGCAAGUCUUAUUACAAAAAAUAGGGGUCUUGCAAAGUUAUCUGGGAUGUGUUUGGUUCUGUUAGUUCUGAGAUAGGAUGCUUGUGACAUUAGCUUUGCCACUUGUUGAUUGGAUCCCUGCUUUUCUGGUUGGUUCUGUCACCAACUAAAGAGGUGACAGAAGCUGGAUUAGAGGAGUAAUGACUACAUCCUUGAGAAAAAGGGUGGUUCUAUCUGCCUUGAAAGAGGUGAUGGUGUACUACUACCAACCCAGGACACUAACACAGGUGUCAAAGUGGCGGCCCACAGGCUGGAUGAGUCAUGCGCAGGCCAUGCCCACCCCAGCUCCAUAAAUGGGGGAAAAGUUGUGAAAUGUCACAUGGCAACAUGAUGCAGCAAGUUUGACACCUGUGCUUUAACACUUUCAUUCAUACAUUUCAUUGGAAAUGUAAGCUUAGAGUUACUGACUAAAGCAGUGCAUAUGCCUGAGUGAAUGGAUAAAUAGAUGAAUAAAUGCAUAGUAUUUGGAUCAACUAUUUGGUUUGUGCAAACUGCUAUCAGAGACGAGAGAAAUCCUGACAUUUUUAUAUGAAUCUGGAGACAUAAUUUAGAGAUUUUGGGAGUGGGAUUGGGGUAUCAUUUUAUAGUUUCUGGACAUUAAGAAUUCACUGUUAACGCAGUGAACUAUGUAGAAAUAUCAUUUGUAAGGGUUGAUAAAGUGGGUCUUUUGAGUAGGUAUAAUACGUUUUGGAAGCUUUAAAGUAUUGUAAUAGCGGAGAGAUAGUUUUUUAACAGAUUGGGACCAAAUUAGAAAUUUAAAGUCUGGGCAUUUUGACAUCCUGUAAAAAAACAAUUACAUAUUUAUUUUUCUGCUCCUUCUCAUAGAAACAUAUAUGAUGCAGGGUGCAAAUCCUAAAAUUUCUAGAAUGUUUUAUUUUCAGACAUAUUUUGCUUUAAUGUACAAUUUAUAAUGAUUCAUACAUGAAUUGUAUUAUGCAAUUUAUAGUAUAAUAUUUACUGAUAAUGAUAAUAUUAAUAAAGAGUAUUAAGUCUUGAUCCUGUUGUUGUCUUAUAAGUCUGUGUCACAACUAUUUUGAGAGAGAAGUGAAAAAUGCAUCAACAAAGCGGAAAGGUUUGGAAUACUUCUAAUUCCAGUAUUUUCAGAACUAGAAGGAGGAAAGAAUUCAAGAAAUAUAUGUUGAAUGUUUUUGUAUUUUAAAAUGUCUCUUUGGUCAAAUUCAUUUUUUGGUGAUACAAGUGGUUUGUCAUUUCUUUUACAAUGUUGCUUUGACAUCCCAAUCUACUUUACAUCUCAGGGAUUGCUGGUGUUCUAUCCAGGACUAACCAGGUCCAAUCCUGUUUGCCUUGUGAGCCUCAUAAAGGUUAGUCAGAUGCUGCCACCUGCUGGGUAUCUAUCACAAAUAUUCCCCAUAGAUGGAUUUUAACUCCUAUGGAGGGCACCGAUUUGAGGAAGGUUUUAGAGUCUAGAUUCUUCCAUAAAAAUAUUUGUAUUUCAUGUUUUGAGGUACGUAGUAUGUUUUAAAAACAUUUUUCUAGCAUCAUAUUUUUUCAGUGCUUGUUCCCUCUCCCCCUGACCAUGGAGAAUUUUGUUUUGUUGAUCAGAUCAAAUGAAAGUUAUACGAGCUUCAGGUUUAAUAAAGUGGUUCUAGAUGAUUUGUCACAAUAUUAAAAAGUUACAUCAAAUAUGAAGCAUAAUGAAAUAAUUUUUGUUCAUCAAUUCAGUUUGUAUACCUGCAGGUAUAAAAACUGUGUUUCUUGGCUUAAAAUUUAAUUAUGAAAAUUGUAGUACACAAUGGAAACAUCAACAUAGUACACACAUUAUGACCAUAUGUGCAAAAUGCUAUUUUUACCAGCAGUUUUAAAAUUAAUUUUAGAACCAUUCUAUAACAGUUGACUUUCUUUAAAAAAAGGAAAUCUCAGAGUACAUGCAAAUAGCAAGGUAAAAUUAUGGUAGGGGUUGUAGGGAAUACUUCUGCUUAUUUUAAUAUUUACUAGUCCAGCUCUUGUUGGAGUUUUGAUUCAGAUUCCCAACUUCCGUGUAUUUGGCUUUAAUUGUGUCUCUCACUUCUCUCUUGUGGCUAGCAGAGUUGAGAACAGCAUGGUUCUAGAAAGAAGAUGGGCUCUACUAGGUUAACUGCAAAAGAACUAUGUGAGAAUGAUGACCUUGCCACAACGCUAAUUCUUGACUCCUAUCUUGGAUUUAAGACUCAUAAAAUGAAUGUAAGCCCACUUCCAGCCAUCAGGAGGAAGCACCAUUUACGGGAGGCAGUAGAAGCUUUCCGGAAGCGCAAGGACCUAGAAGCAGCCUAUCAAGCCUUGGUGCAGGGUGGCUGGGCCUGCCAGUAUUUUGCAAACCGGAGCCAUCAGCAGGAAGCUGCCCUCAAGACUCAUAUUUUUCGGUACCUUCGCGUUUUCCUUCCUGAGAGCGGUUUUGCCAUCAGGCGCUGUAGUCGAUAUUCCUUAGAAAUAAAUGGAGCCCGGAUAGUGUCUACAAAAUCAUGGAGAAAGAAUGAUAAACUGGAGCUUUUAGAAGGCUACAUUGCAGAACUGACAGAACCCGAUGAGAGCCUCCUCCGAGCAGGUGAAAAUGACUUCAGCAUCAUGUACUCCACCCGGAAACAGUGUGCCCAGCUUUGGCUAGGGCCUGCAGCCUUCAUUAAUCAUGACUGCAGACCAAACUGUAAGUUUGUCCCAAUGGAUGGGAACACUGCUUGUGUCAAGGUGCUGCGGGACAUUGAGCCAGAUGAUGAGAUCACAUGCUUCUAUGGUGACGGCUUCUUUGGGGAGAACAAUGAGUUAUGCGAAUGCCACACUUGUGAAAGAAAGGGCGAAGGAGCUUUUCGCCUUCUGAAUCAGACACCAUUGCUAGCUACCUCAGUCAGUGAGAAAUACCUACUGAGAGAGACAGACGGACGUCUGCAGAGGUGGAAAAAUCAGUCUUGCAAACUUGCUCAACGUAAUGUGAAAGUGCGACACAAAGCCCGACGCAGAAAAUCAAAAUUACGUGGUGCUGUACACAGAUAUACCACUCGCUGGUAUCUUAAGAUGCUCAAACCUUUAUAUAUCCCACUGCACAACUGCUUGGCCUGCAGAACACGUGGAUGCAAGCUCCGUAAGCAGCCUCUGGUGUGUCUGCUUCGUUGUCCUUCUCCUAUGUUAUCUGUAUUGCACCUCAGGCAGUCUUUGGGAAACAAGAAUUGCUACUACAAGGCCCAGGAAAGCUGCUCUCCUAUACAGAUGCAUAAUUGCCCUGAAAGCCCUGGCUUGGCCAACCAGGGCAGCCUGAUAGUGAAUCUUGGGAAGAGAAUUCCCUUGGACUGGGCAAGGUUUCAUAGGGAAGUAGCGUGUGACACUAAGGAGGAAAACGCCAAUCAGGAGUUUAGCCAGGGGACCGAGGAAGAUGAUUCAAGGGAUAUGGAGAGUCAUGCUGAUGUUAAAGAAUCCUAUGAAUCAGGAUCUGGGGUUCUCCAUUCAGGAGAGCAAAUCCCCCUUGAUUCUUCAGGUUCUCUUUCAUCCAGUCAGUUCUUGUGCAGAACAAGGAGCACAGCCCAGCGCCAAGCUCAGGUUUUGCCCCAAUCUGAGUUGUCAUUACCAAUGGUAGACCCCAAGCUUUCCCAGUAUGCUCACGUCCGCCUGGAAGGCCCACCUUUUGGAGGCAGGCAGUGCUGGCAGCAGCCCCCUUCAGACAAGACGGAGAAGGAACAAGCGGAGGAGCAGCAUCUUCCUAAGCGGAUGGUUUCCUUUCCUCCUUUUGUUCCACCCAAACGGCUUCGACUGGUAGUGAGCCAUGGUUCCAUCAACCUCGAGGUAGCUGCAAGCUCCUGUGAGGAGAUGUCCUCUGAUCUGGCUGAUCUUCUGUGAUUGAAAACAAGACUUUAGCUUAUUAUUGAAUUUACCCAUGAUAACCAUCUACCAGAAUUCGCCUGAAAUUAUCCAUCUUUUUGUUGUGCCCUUCUCCCCAUCACCUUGUAUGGGUUGGUAACAUCUCUUCUGAAGUCCCUUUGUCCCCAGGUGGGCACAAAGCUGCCUGUGCUAAAAAUGCAACCUUGUGUUCAACUCCUACUUUUUCCAUUGAAAUUGAUAUUUCAGUUGUCUUUCCAGAGUACUUCCUUUAUCACUUCCUCACUAUUCCUUUAAAAAAAAAUCUCCACUACUUUGCCAAACUUCACUUUAGUCUUGAAACCUAAGCCAUAUAGUAGACUGCAUGGAGGCUUUGGAUUGCCUCCUGGUCUUUUCUUUGAACUCUACUUUCUCUUCCACAGAGUCCUUUCCUCUUUCUACUCUUGAUAUCUCCAUGCUCUGGUUUAUAGCACUGUAGUCAUAGACUUCUUGACAGAUGAACAUGGUAUUUUGGCAUUUAUUGUCCCUACAAAGUGGUGAAGUGACUUGUGGAGAAAAGAAAACCAGCAUCUAAUCAGGGAAGUCUCUUUAAAACUUAUUGUGAGAAAACCAGCAACCAGAAGUGCACAUUGGCAUGCAGCCUAAACUGUUCGGUCCAUUUAGCCUAAAGGCUGUUCAAUGCUAAACAGGCUUAUAUAGGGAAUUAAAUGUUCUUGCUCCUCUUCCUUUGCCGUCUCACUGUUUGGGUGCCUAUUGUUACAAGACAGCUAAUUUUCUAGUUUUGGAAGCUACUUUUAUAUUAGUUAAUCUGUGUGACUUGUUUCUUCUCCCAGCCAGAGUUUUAAACAAGUGUCUGCUGGGCCUUUUUAGAAUCUUAAUGAACUUUAGAUAUUCAGGUGCUUUAUAUUUGAUAAAGUUGAGCUGCUUGGCUCAGGGGCAUUGCGAUAAAGGGGCUUCCUUCUGUGAGAGGCUGAUGAGCAAGAUAAAAGUUCUACUCAGUUUAAUGUGGCCUAAUUCAGUUCAAAGUCAUAUAUGGUAAGUGGAUUUGCUGUAUAUUUUUCCCAUUCAUCUUGCCAUGACAGGAUUUUGAACAGAAAGGGCACAUUCUGGUAGAAAACUGAGUGCAAGGUAUAUGGGGAGAGGUGGUGGCAAUUGAAUGGGUGAAACAUGGUGGUCAAGUUUUUCCUUUAAGUGCUUGCUUUGUUUUGAAAUUUUGUGGAAUCCUUUGUGGUGUUGACUUUGGAUACAUAUCCAAGAGUCUUAGGACAGCCUGAUGUUCCUUUUUCAACUCCUCUUUUUUUGUUUGUUUGGUAUUGUAGUUUUGGUGCAGUUAGCGUUAGAGAAGCUUGUCUAGAUGACUUGAAGGUUAUGUUAAAAUGGAGGUUAAGCUGUGCACAUUUGAGAAUAAACUCCAGUAAACUUAGACUUUCUAUUAAAUUUCUAUGGGUAGAAUCCAGCAUAGGUUCUUUGAUCUCUGAAGUUGGAAAAUCUGAAUUAUAGAGCUUUUAGAGUAGCAACUAGUUUGUCUGGCAUGCAUUUUUGGUCUGAGAUACAUAAUAUAUUGCAAUUCUGGCUUUUUCAUUGCUCUACAAAACAGGUGCUGAUUCCUGGGAAACCACUGUAAUUUUAAAAGUAGUUUUAGAUACUAGCUUUGAAAAGGUAGAAUGAGCUGAUGCUCUUCAACCUGUCCUGAAAAUGAAAUCUUAAGAAGAAUAACCACAGACAAUGCAUAUUCAUGUAAAAAUAUUACAGAAAUAAUACAGACACAGGGACAGUAGAAACAACAGUUUUUAAACAAAUUAAUUGGGGAGGCAUAACAAUAGCAUAUUUUUGGUAACAAUUUGAAUAUUUUCCUAUAAGUGGUUCAUAUGAUUGUCCAGAAUUACCACUGUCUGUGGACAUUCUUCAUUUUAUUCUCCCAGGACUGUAUGAAGAAAGAUAAUUUAAAAAACGUUAGUGAACUUGAUAAAGGUGAUCCUUAACUUAUGACCAUAAUUGGGACUAGAAUUUUAAUCGCUAAACAACGCUUAGUCAUUGGCCAAGGACUCACUCUAAGCAUUCCAGGAUUGGUCCCUUUAAGACCUGAACAUGCCUAUCUCUCCCCACCCCACCCCCACCCCCAAUCUCUGCCCUUUUGGCUGCAGCGCUUCCAAUUCUAGUUGCCCUUGUCAUCUGGCACUCCGAGAUCCCCCCCCCUCCGACCCAGCUGAGCUUUGCUGCCAUCUUCUUGCUUCCUUUGCUGACAAAGUUUACCCACCCUGGCUAUUGGGCAGAACUGGAACUGUCUUCAAGAUGGAGCGGGAGUCACAAAAUUCAUUCCAGAACUGAAAUAUACCGAAAUGUUUCUGUGCUCCUUGGGACAAAUACGGCUGGCUUUGUGCUAUAAAAAAGGGGGGGAAAUCACAAAGCAGUUAUUGAAAGGAGCUGCUUUGUUUGUUUUCCCCCCCUUUUACAUAGCAUAAAGCCAGCCUCAUGCAUCCCCGAGCAUGGUGCAAAGGGGUGUUUUGUUGCACUAUGGACCCUUUAAGCUGCUUUGUCCCCCUUUUUUUUUGCAGUGCAAAGCUGGCCUCAGACCAACCCAGCACAACCACCAAGCCUGACAUACCUUGUCAGCAGUAGAGAGAGAGGAAAAAAGUGAAGGUCAGCUGGGACAGUAGAGCACAGGGCAGCAGAGGGCCAAAUGGGAAUAGAUGGGGGUGGGGAGUGGGGGAUAGGCAAUGGAAGGAGUUGAAGUCCCCCAGCGGUGAUAAGUGUGGGCAGGCUUCUAAGCACCUGAAGUUUGAUUAUGUGACAGGGCACUGCCAUGACUGUAACUUCGGACAUGGGUCAUAAGUCCCUAUGUUCAGCUUCAUUGUAACUGAAUGCUUGCUGAACAAAUGGUCAUAAGUCAAGGAUUACUUGUAUCACAUUGCUCACUAAAAUAAUUGAGACAUAGCUGAAAUUGUACAUCUUUUUCUGUAAGCUUGCUUUCUAUUUGUGAAAAUUUGAACAUAAGGCACAUUUUUCUUUCCUCAAAGUUCUGUAUGUUAGUAAUCAUUUUAUAUUUCAUAAUAAUUAUUCCAUUGAUUAUUCUUGCACAUUGUUGUUGGUUGCAUCACAGAAUGUGUGACUAUGUAUGAUACUAUUUUAAUGCCUAGACGUGAGUGUCUAUGAGAAUAGUUUUGAUCUAAAGGUGAGAUGAUGUCUCAUUAGUUUUAAAUUUUACUUCUACAAGAUGUGCAGUUUCAUCUGUGUAUCAAUGUUUGUGCACAGCGUAGAUAUAUGUACUAAAAAGAAAUAGAGGUUUUAGUGCUUGUUCUGAUUUUGUGGCCCCUCUUAAUGUGGGUGUCCAGACUUGCUUUCUUGCUUGCUACUUUCCACUUAUGGAUGUUCCAUGUUAGUUAAUAGUUGGAGACUAGUGACACAGCCUUUAGAUAGUGACUGUAAUGGGGGGAGGGGAGAGGAACAAAGAUGGCAAGAUGGUCAAGGGUUUUGUGUGGGGAAAGGUCAGGGGUGGGAAGGGUGGAUAUUGCUAGUCAGGAUACUGUACAUUCUACGUGGAAAGACGGACUGGGGCUCAGUUUUCACCUUCUGUGCCUCUCUUUCCCCCAUCUUUCCUGGUGGGUUUAUGGUUUGUGCUACCUCUUUUGGGAAAAGAAGCAUCAAGGCACUCUUCCAUCUAUGACUUCAGUCUUCUUUCAGUCCAGUGUCCAUUAAGUCCUGUCAUUUCUUUUCCCACUUUCAUGCUUUCAGAUUUAAAAAAAAACAUGCAUGUUCUCAUGAGGUGGAGUGGUAGCAGAUCCAGGUUUUGUUGUUUUUUUGUUCUAGCGUCCUGUAUGGGUAAGUUUCUAAAUCAGCCUCUCCAGGUCCAGCCUCUGCUUGUUUCCCUGAUAAUACCAUGGUUUAUUACAUUGCUUCUUCCAUCUUUUCUAAGAUUUUUCAAUGAUGCUUUUGGCCUGGAGUCACUCUAUCCCCAUUUCAAGAGAAAGAUUGAAUUCCACUUCUCCAUAAAAGUUAUGCUCAGGAGGGUAUGUUAAGAUACCUUGAUUUUCACACAGCUGGGAAAAAUAAGCAACCUGGACACUGGGGAAGGUCUCUGGUUGGCUGAGUUCCUCAGGGAGUGGUUUGAUAGAACCCUGUAUUAUCAUUUUCUGCUCCAGGUUUUAACCACAGUACAUCAAUCCGACUAUCUGCCUUUAGUGGUGGGGUCAUUGCAAACUUGCUUCAUAGGAUUGUGGGGAAUUUGCUCCAUUGUACUACCCCAUCUCUCAACAUGCUUGCGAUACUUUAUUUAAAUUCUUCCAGAACUUCAGCACCCAGAAGCAGGAGAGUCCAAAAGGUGUUACAUGGAGCAUAUUUUCAGGGGCAUAUGUACUAUGCCAAAAAAAGUAACAUAAAUCGAGCUCUGAAUUUGCAUGAAUUAUGAUUAUGAAUUCUUAUGCCUUCUCUUGUAAUAUGGGCAACAUGUUACAGGAAACUUGGCCAUGGGGAAAAUUGAUUAGUACGUACCAUCUAGCCUAGCUGGUCUACCUUUACAAAUCUGUCAUCCCAGUGUCAAGGGGCCAGGACUCAUUAGAUGGAAGAAUUUCAACAGGACCUGGACUCAAGCUCAAAUCUUGCAUUAGUACAGUAUGAUUGAGUGCAUACAGCCCUGGGUGUGUAUCAGUUGGUCUGAGCAGGCCUGAGAGAGGGUGGGGAGGGUAAGAGGGUUGUCUGUAUUUUUAAUGGUGCUAUAUUUGGAAGAGUUGAUGGAGGUUACUCUCAGCUCCAAGUGUGGAAAUUUGAGGCCUCAGGGUAUUUCCUGCCCCAUGAUCAGGCCGGUAUCCUGAAAUGGGGUAAAGGCAGAAACUUCUGUUUGUAUUUUUAAUGGUGUGUGUUAGGGGGGAGGGGUGCAUAAUACUUUUUAAAAUACUUGAUUGAAAUAAACUCUUCUAAAACUGU